UCUAGCUUCGUUCUCACUCCAGAGUCUCCAGGCUCCAGGCAGGCUACGCUCCAAACAGUGAGCCCUGCCCUGCCCCCACAGAGCAGCAGGCAGCAGAUAGAUCCUCGCCAGUUUCUCUCUCUCGCUCGCUCACAUGAUCACAUCGCAUCUCCCUAAACAUGCUCUUACUCUUGGGUAUCAGGAGCCACAGGAGCGUGUAUAAAAAGGUCCUGGCCCUCUAAACUCUGAACCUCCAAGCACGCGCGCGCCCUGUGCUCCCCCUCAGUCCUCGCUGGUCCUUUCUCCAUCACAAACGCUAGUCUUUUCCUAAAGAGAAAACUCCUUCCGUGUGUAACCAGAUCCGCUAGCAUCGGUGGAACCUCGGCCUCGUUUAGUUCGUAAAGCUGAGUCCAAUUCUUUGAGUAACCUGAGUCCUGAGCUAGGUUUUCAGUCGUUUCUAACUAACAGUUCUUUGGCGACGUACGUACGUACAGCUCGGAGACCGCCGGAAGCGAGCGAUGGCGUGCAAGACGAAGAGCCUGCUGUUGGCGCUCAGCGUGGCGGCGCUGCUCGCGGCGCGGUCGGAGUCCCACGGCCUGGGGGACUUCACGAGCGGGAGCGACGAGGCGACGACGACGCCGGAGAUGCAGACCUUCUUCAAGCCCCAGGCCGCCGCGGCGCUCCCGGAGGCCCUCGACGCCUCCAUGCCCGCCAAGCCGGAGGCCACGGCGCUCCCGGCCACCACCACCGCCGCCGCCGCGACAACGGCCGGCACGGCGCCGUCAGCCACGCCGCGCAGGUCCGUGUCCGUGGCCGCCGGCGUGGCCUGCGGCGUGGCGGCCGUGGCCGUGGCCGGCAUCGCGGCCGCCGUGGCGUACGUGGUGGUGCGCGGCGCGCGGCGCGGGACGGAGGUGCAGCUCGGUUAGCUCCUCCCCCGUGAGCCCCGUCCGGCCGGGCCCGCGUCAUAGGCCGUCGUCGUCGGCGUUAGGAUCUGGGUUAAGCGCGUUGUUUAGCUUUGCGAUUUUGUGUUUUAGUCGAUCUGCAGACUGGGCUUGCUUUUGGGUCGGCGGUUGUAUUCUUUCGUACGUGUCGUGUCGCUACCGAGUACGUACGGACCAGCACAGUGGUGCAUGUGUGACAUAAAUAAAUGCUGGUUGUAGCGUCGUCGUGGUGUCUAGAGUCUAGAACUUUGCUAUUGCUGCAUGAGGAUUUUUGCUGUUGAGAUGUGA